UUCGACUCGACGUAUUUUCAUUUAAAAUGUUCAAGAUGUCUGCCCCCAUGUGUAGAAAGGCUGGAGGAUGGCCAUGAUUUGUUAGGCUGACGGGGCCAACUGAUUUAGUCAAAUCACCGAAAUGGAGCGUUUUCCUAAGAAACGGAAGUAUGAUGGGGAAGUUGGUUAUGCGAAGAAACAAAGACAGCAGGAAAAUGUGUUGUCUGAAGCACCUCAAGCGAUUAAUGUUGUUGAAUAUGCGAAGUGUAGAGCGGCAGAAUUGCAACUUCUAGAUACAGCCACCAAACAGAGAAAGGUGUCACAAGCUGUGAAUGGACUGAUUUCUAUAUCCAUGCGACGGAGGGCAAUGAGCCACAAUGUUAAAAGGAUGCCGCGCAGAGUUAGAGAGAUGGUGACAAUAAAUGCAAACAAACACAAAAAACCCAGCAGAAGGCAUCGGAGACGCCCUAAAAACUUGCUACAAGAGUAUGUACGACGUCAGAAGACUAAGGUUUGGCUAGAGACACAUAUUUGGCAUGCAAAACGAUUCAUAAUGACUGAGAAAUGGGGCUACAAGAUUCCUUAUCAACCGACAGAUAAAAGUUCUCGAGCAUCUUACAGGGCAACACAACACCACUGUCAAAUGAUUGAUGUUUCCUACAUGUGCUGUAUAGAAAUUAAAGGAAAAGAAGAAAAUAUCCUGAGAGGUGUUGGUCAUCUAUGCAAUUCCCAAAAUGGUCUAACCCUUGGGGCAAAGAAGUAUUUGGAUGGAACCAGAGAGGGUAACUGUAUCUUGUAUAAAUGGGAUCAGUAUCCUAAAGGUGCCAUAUGUCCAGUAAGUUUUAUGUGGAGACCAAAGUCUGAAUUGGACCCUCUGCGUCAGAUAUGGAUUUGGUGUCAUCCUGCAUCUUACGAGGAACUCUGGGAAGAAGUGGAGGUUUGUUUUUCGCAGGCAGAAAAUUGUGCAGCACAGGACAUUUCCAUGGAACUAACCUGUGGUGAUGAUGAAAUGAGAAAAGAAAAAACUGUAUCAGAACUUGCAGACAAUUUUGCUUUUAACAAUAACACUGAGUCGCAUGAGAAACAAAAUGAUAUGAAAGAUGAGGCAAAACAGAAGUCUGAUGACAACAAUAUGGUAGAUAUCAGGUCCAAGGGUAAAAAAAAGCAACAGAAGGGGGGAAAAGAAACAUUGGCUGAGAAGUCAGCUGAAGAGCAAGUUGUGAUUAACCGAAAAUCUCAGAUUGGGAAUAUCCUCAUGACUUCUUUAAAAGACAGACUAGUAAGGCAUCGCUUUAUUGGACCCGAGUCUCAGAAAAUUCUGGCAAGAACUCUCCAUGCAGCAGAUAUCAUAUCCAACAGUGAAGGACUAUUGUAUUGGUGGAAACAGUACUACCAAGACAAAAAGCAUUCCCUGGAGUUCAGCCAGCAGAGGGAAUUCUGGAAUGGAGUCCAUCAGUGUCAGUCUGCUGCAGAGUUGUGUCCCCAGAGCCUGAUUGGUCUGACUGUCAGAGAUCCAAGAAUCAUCAGAGCACCUAAACACAAUGAUGUAACACACACAGAAUAUCUAGAACCCACAGAAACUGAUGCUCCAGAAGCCAUUAAACUGCCGAUCAGCCAUGAUGUAUCUAAUUCACCCCUAUGGGAUGAAGAAAUUAGGAAGACAGUAACUUCAACAAAAUUGUCAGACUUUGAAAUCAAUCAGCUCAAGUCAGAACACCUUGUUCCAGGGACAGAGUUGAUAUUAGGGAAGGAGGAAAGUAGGAUUCCAGUACUUCUCAUUCAAAACCCAGGCACAAAUCCAACACACCUCAAUCAUGGUCACUAUGGGAGUGGAUGGGAUCUCAUUUUACCUGCAGGAUGGAGCAUGGCAUUCUGGGUAACCAACAUUUAUCAUGGGGCCAGAGCUGGGGGUCUGCGUGAAUUACAAUGUCUAGCCAAUGAACAACAGGCUGAGCACUUUCCAGAGGAUUACCCAGACACCUCAGCAGGGCAGGCAGAGGAAAACAGAAUACAGAGUGAGAAAGAGGCCGAACAUAAUAGACGACCUCCUGCAAAGAGACCAAAUUUUACUAAGUUAGGUAUGGCCAACCCAUUCAGUUGGGCAUGGAACCAGCUGGUUUAUGACAAGGAUGAGAGUAAAGAUUUUCAUGUGCUCAGAAACAAAAAAGAUCUUAACACUCUGAGGAGAAUAUUUAAUGUUGCUCCAAAACAAAGCAAGAAAAUUUCAGAAAGUGGCAUUGGGGAAGAAUUACACACCUCUUUCCAGGACAUUGUACGCAGGCAUGCAAAAUCUCUAGUUUUUAUCAAAAUAUCAAUGAAUUCCAAAGGUUGUCCUGAAGAAAUGGGAUUAAUAUCUAUGCCAGCAAUGGACGAUAUCAUCAAAUUAAGAGCAGACAGAUUUUAUGUAGGACCAUGCAAACAUCAGCAGCCAGACCCACAGCUCGAAGAAAAGAAGGAAAAAAAGAAGAAAGCAAAACUUUUCAAGAAAGGCAUAUUAAAUCUACAACAAACAAAGACUUCCGAGAAAAAGGAAAAAGAGGUUGGUGCAGAUGAUGGUGAUAGAGAAAUUAUUGGAUUUAUUAAGCAUGGUGGAUUUUCCCUAAAUGGUGGACAUGGAGCUGGAAAAGGGUUUUGUUCCCUUGCAGGUUUAGAAAAACUACUGAAAUUCUUACCUGAUCAAAAGAGUCUAAUUUUAAUCCGUAAUCCUCGGACACUGCAGUAUAGAUUUGCUCAGCUCUCCAUAUAAUAAAGUGAACCUGCAUAGUUGUAUUACUACCACUAAAACUGUGUUCAAUGUGGGUAAAGUUUCUAAUUUGUAUAUACAAAUACAGUAAUAAGGUUGUUCAGAAAUAAACAUAAUCUUUGUUAAGA